UCCAAACCUUCAACAAACGUUCCUCUCCCUCUCUUUCUGUGGAUAUUUUUCUUCUUUCUAAGUUCAUCUUUAUAAUGUCAAUCAAAUCGUUCUGUUGAUUGAUCAAUAACUUCAAAAAAUAUGGAAAAAUCUUUGGGAGAAGAUCGAGUUAACAGUAAAGGUCUAGGAGGACGUCGUAUAUGGGAUGCAGAUAGUUCACUCUACGAUACAUUUGAGCUCAACUCCUUCAGGCGUCAACUUGAAUCAGCCAUUAUCUCUUCUACAAGGUCUCAAUCGAUGCCUCAUUUAUCCGACAGCGACCGUCGUCGGCUUCCACGACAACAAGAAGCAAAGUCCACUACAACAACGUCAACAGUUCCGAAAAAAUCUAAAAUUUUCCGAUCUGUAAACAAAUUUCUCAGAUCAUUUUUGAGACAUAAAGCUAAUUCAGUUAAAGUGAAUAAAUUCGAUGCGGCAGCUAAAUGUGCUGAUCAAUUUGAUGAUGAUUCCAACUGUAAAAUCGCAAAGAAGGUUUCCGAUGAUUAUUCGAUUAUCUUCAACAAGUCCAAGUUUAACGAAGACUUUAUAAUUGUGAAGAAAUUACCGUCCGAUCGGCUUACGUCCACAAAUGCAAUUGGUAUUUCCUUGAUGUAGACAGACUUAUAGGCAAUAGCGUGAGUGAUUAAUUUUCAAUUAUACAAUGUAUCUUGUGUUAGUAUAUUUCAAUACUUUUCUUUAAUGUACGUAGAAGUAGUAUAUGUUCAGUUGUAAAUUAAUUUAGGCAAUAGCUUCUUUCGUCAACUAUUCCAUCCAUUUUCUAGUUAGUUUAGUCACCGGAACGUCACAUGGUUUCGUAAUUGUAUCUACUGUUUAAAGCAAUUUUAAUUAUACUGAACUUGA